AGUACAUCGAACACAACCAUUGAGUUUCAAAAGAAAGUUGUUUAAACUACACAGAUAAAGCAUCAUGUCCUACACCGCCAACAGCAUACCUGUCAGAGGCCCAUCUGCUCCUACUGAGUAUGAGCUCAUCGACCUGGACCCUCAUUUCAACAGAGUCGUUGGUUACUUUAGAACUUCCGACUAUGGUGUUUGGGCUGCAUCUACUGCUGGUUUCCCAUUAGCACUUGCUGCCAUGGAAAGACUUGAAUCCAGUGCCGGUCCAUACAAGGCUCCAAACAAGAUUCCAGGUGGUGCUUUGAGAGUUGCCACCUUCUUGGGUCUUUCUGGUGGUUUCCUUUUAGCUUACAUUAGAUCUUCUCAAAGAUUCCUUGGAUGGAAGGAAAACGCUAGAGAAGUUAAGUUGGACAGAUAUGAAAUCAAGAAGAGCUUGUCAGAAGGUAAGCUUCCAUACCACGAAAAUGAAUCUCUUUUGGAUGACAGAUUGAAGGAUGUAGCCAACAGAAACUCUCAAAACUCUGUUGCUAUUGCUGCCAUCAUACCAUGGUUCAACUUUGUUCAUCACCCUUACCACGGAAUCAACAUUCAAAAGUACUACGAAACCAGACCAGGUGAAGAAGAUUGGGGAUUCGGAAAGUUGACCCCAUAUGAAGAAAUUAAGGCCAAAUACGCUAAGCACAUAGAAUAAGUGUUGAGAUAAUCACACUGGAAUCAAGGAUGGUUAAAGAAGAAGAAGAGUUAAAAAGAAAGUCAGAUAAUGUUUACCUGUCCUGAUCCACGCUACAUUUGCAUUUUGCAAACAACCCCUCCAUAGUGUACAAUAGAGACCUCUCUGGAUUUUAAAUUAGUGAUCUCCCACCUUUUUUUUUAUUGGAAGAAGCUAAUUUGAAAAAGAACUCCCCCCCAACGCAUAAAUACAUGAUAUUAAGAAAAA